CGCGGUCGGAGUUCAGUUGUAGACUUGCGACGGGGGCUCGCUAGAUAGAGCAGGCUGCUCAGAAGCAUGUUUAGGGUGACGUAAUGUAUUUUCUUAUGACUGAUUGUUAUCCUGGACAUAACUGAAUUAGAAAUGUAGUCGGCGAUCGGCCCGGUUUGUAUUUGCACGCGGGACUCGAGGCUCGGUUAAAGUUCGCGAUGUGCACCGGAGCGUUGAGCAGUGCCGCCUCAAAAGCUCCGAUUUGAGGUUACAGGUGUUUUGUUUACUGAUAAGGUGUUUUUAACGUAUCUCUCUUUAGUAUUUCUACAUAAUAUUUGUGUGAAAAGGUUUUGUUGUUAUGGUGUGAGUAAGGAUGGCGUCGUGCAACGAUGUGGAAGCGGGUUCGGAAGCGAACGUACCGCAAUGGAAAAAAGAAUUAAUAGAGAGGCGGCGAGCGUCGGGGAGGGCAAUAACAUCAACGUCCGGGGCGGGGGGGAUUCAAAGCGGAGUCGGUUUCUACUGUUCAGAACGGGUGGGACAGGAGCCGAGUUCGGACCGGGCGACGGAUUUCGCUUCACAGCCGUCACAGGACUUUCACCCUGACUUCUGCGUCAGGACAAUGAGGUUGUUAGAUUCCAAACUGCCCGGUGAGUUGAUAGUCAGUGGUAGUAGCAUUAAGUGUAACAACAGUGUCAGUGAUAUAAAGUCGAAAAUGGUCGAGGAGAAGCCGGUGAAGAAGACGUCUUUCAGAAACAAGGAUGAGAGGAAUUACAAAGUGUUCGGUUUGAUCAGAAGGAACGGGAAGGAAGAGGAGUACCAGUCGGAUUCCAGCGAGGAGCUCCAGUACGGACCGGGUAUCGUGAAUAAAUUAAAGAGUAAAUAUCUUUCCAUGACUUUGAGAGACAACCAGAAGUAUUCCGCCCGUCCUUCUCUGUCCAGUAUGAGGCGUGCGACCAGUUUGGAAAAUAUGCUUGAAGACGAAUCGACCAAAUCAAUCCACAAGCCGCAUUUCGUCAAAAAACCUUAUCAUUCCUCUGCGUACAAGAGCACCAAGAUAUCUCAGCACCAUGCCAAAUACCUCGGGUUGACGAGGGGGAGCGAAUCGAUGAAACGAGCCAGGUCGAUGGACACUUUGAUAAAGAAUGACGCCAUGGCAAAUCCGUCCGAAUCGAAACAGAACAGAUUUAUCAACGGGCUCCGGCCCUCUAUAAUAAACGAAGAUUUGAUAAUCGUCGAUAACUGUUCUCAUACAGAGGAGUCGAAACACGUUAACACGGGAGACCGAGAACUUCCCCCACCGGACGUCGUCAAACAGACUCUCAAGAUAUUCGAACCGGUCCCUGUUAAAAACGCCGAUAACGUGAAAAAGAUAAAUAAAACGUCGACCUCUCCCAACAACAGCCCGGUAAAAAACAAACCGGCCAAGCCCGCUUUGUCACCCAAGCCGAAUUUGAUCCCGGAUAAAAGAUCGGCCAGGCCGAAAAUGCUUUCUCCCAGGCGGAUUUUUCCGGUCGUUACGAAAGAGGGUCAGAAGUCGCCGCCGGCCGUCGUCCCGGUCGCGAACGAGAAGCCGUUAUCUCCGAAAAAACGCCCUACCGUCGAAAAAUCCCCCUUGGCGGCUCCCCUCAAAUUCGCACCCCUUCAAGACAAACCGCCGGUUGUUCCGGUCAAAACGCCCGCCGUUUUGGAAAAAUUCGACAGGACCAGCCCGGCGAAGGAGAGGCCGUUUUUCAUAACAAACAAAUCCGACUCAUCCGAAGACACGCCGAAAUACGUGUCUCAGAAAGCCAUGGAGAACAUAAGCAAAGAAGGGACGUCUGUCACAUUCUCAUUUUGUGAGAGCCUCAGUCCCAACAAAAGCCAUCUUCCUAGAAGGAAUCUGACACAAGCCACCAACACUGCUUUGAUAACAUCACAGACGGCGACGAACUACACCGAGCCGCCGAGCAGUCCUCCCAAGCAGGUCGCAGUCAUCAGGCCGGUAAUCACAAACAAACCGUCUUUGAAUUUGACCGAACAGGAAAUCGAAAAGAACCUUAUUAACAAAGUCAAAUCCGUCGAGACUUCUGUCAUUUCGACGAAAAACGACGAUACCGAGACGAAAACCAUCACCAGUGAAAAGUCCCAGUUGUGGGAUAAAAAAUCGUGGCAGAACCAAAAUACGAUGGUGUUUAACUUUAGUGGGAGGCAGAGCGUUCCUGAUUAUAUCGAAAACGACGGUCUCAACCUCACUCAAAACCGCAUCACCGCUAAGCUCAAUGGCGGGAAAGACGAAGCUGAUGGCUCAGGAGACGAAGAUACAGAAGAGUCCAUUGUGUGCAACGUGCGUUUCGUUGGAGACAAUAUACUCAUCAACGGAAAGUCCAACCUGAAGAAAGAAUCAAAAGAAAACAAGCAGAAGAAAAUCCAGUUCAACGAUGAUGCCACAGUUAUGUUUGAAUAUCCAUCUGAGGAAUCAUUGAAAGAAGAAGUAACAUCACCAAAUGCCUUAAAUUCACCUUUGCCUUUAGGAGGACCAAAUUUAUCAAGUUACACCCCUAGUAAGACAGUUGGUCAGGAUUCUUUCGAACUUGGAGUGACAAGAGUGAUACCCCCUCCUGCACCUUCCUCGCAACCACCUACUACUCAGGAAAUUGACUACCUGAAACCAAUCGAUUCCAACCAUGAGACAACAUGGAGUCAGGAGACAGCUACAGAUAUACUAUUUUAGGAUAUUAAAAUGUUUUAAAUUUGAUGCUAUGUAUAAACAAAAUUCAGACAUAUUCAACUGAAUUUUAUUUCAAAAUAUUGUGCUUAUCUUUUUUUGUGAAAUUUGCUGUGAUCAAUUGUUAAUUAUAAACUAUUUAUGUCAUUAAGCAUUGCAGUUAGUUGUGAACGUGGUCAGAUUUGCUGACAUGUACCUCUGAUGUUGUUUUUCAUAUAUUAUAGAAUUUAAUGUAUUAUACUUUGUCGCCAUUGUUUAGAGCUAUUUAUAAUUAAUUUAUAAUAUACACAAAUAUGAACUUUUUUUAAAAAUAGUUUCUAGUCUUAAUAUAGCAGAUUGUACUUCAAAAAAAAUUUCUGAAUUAAACUCUGUAUUGAAUAAAUAUGCUCAUCAACAUUCAUUCCAAAGAAUUUUGUGUGGAUAAAUUUAAUCAUCUAGACUUAAUCGUUGUGGUAAAUUGUGUUCAAACUGCUCAAGUUGAAAUGUAAUCAUUCCUAAAGUAAUCUGCAUUUUGAAAAAUAUAUUUUUUACCACAG